AUGAUCAAGCUACAUGAAAUUUCCUUGACCAUGAAGCUGGAAGUUGACCAUAUUUUCCAUCCUCCUAAGAAGGCAGCACCUAAACUGUCCAAAGCAGAAAAAGAGAAACUUCAGCAGGAGGAAGAUGAGAGAAAAGCACAGGAAGAUGAGGAGGCUCGUGAGAAAGCUGCUGUUGAGGAGAAGGAACGAAAGGCAAAAGAAAAACAAGUUGCUGCAGAAAAGAAAAAAUUAGAAAAUGAGGAGAAAAAAAACAGAUCAAUAGAGAUGAAAGAAUUGACACAAAUCGUGGAAAGAAAUACAAAUGCUUUGAAUGAACUACAUAACAACAGGAGGAAGAAAGCAAAGUGGGCCAGAUAUAUGAGGUGUGAUGGUUCCCCUGAUCCCUUAAUUCCUGGGGAAAUAAAUACAUACAUCAACCUACGUAUGGAAGACAGAGAACAUGACGAUGUAGAGGCUGUCUUACAAGCCAGUAAGCUGGACAUCUCUUUGAUCAAUGAGCUAGAUUUUUUACUGGAAGACACUCCCCCAGAGGAGCUAUCAUCAGAGGAGGUGGCUCGAUACAAAGAUACUAAAGAAGACCUACAGACAUUGAUGAAGACCAAACUUGAUUAUGCAACAAUGAAGUUAUUACAAGAAGCUUCUGUACGAGCUGACCAAGAAACCUUUAACUUACAAUACGCCAUUAAAAAUGAAGACACAUGCCUCAGUGUGUGGGGAAACUUAAGUAAAAAUCCCAGAAUUAAAUCUUUUGAGUUUACGAAGCAGGGAUUUACAUUUGACAUCCCACGUUUAUUAACACUAUCAGACUGUGCUAUCAGAGUCCUGGAUCCUAAGUAUGAUCACUACUCACCUACCUGUAAAAGCUUCUAUCCUAGACCAAAAAAGCAGCCAGAACCUGAGGUGGUGCCAGAGGAGGAGAUCCCACCACCCGAGGAGGCAGCAGCUGUGGAGGAGGAGAAGGUAGACGGGGAGGAAGAACAGCCAGUAGAGCGUGAAGAGACGGAUUUAAUGGCUGCUUUGAAGGAGUUAGAAGACGGACCCAAAGAUGAAGAAGAGGAAGAGAAAAAAGAGGAGGAGGAAGAAAAGGAAGAAGAGGUAGAGGAGUUUGAAGAACGAGCAACACCAGAACCACAGGAGUGGGAAGACUUCGCUGAAGACGACGACAUUGUCGACCUUCGAGCCAAUGAUAUUGUUGGAGGUGUGUUACACUUUGAUCUGAUGCACUUGCCACCACAACCUAAAAGCAUGGCCUCCUGGACAACCACUUUGUUGGUAGACCCACCAGAGAUCCAGUACAUGGACUACGUUGCGGACAUUGCCCUGGCACUGCCCACUAGUACGGAGAAUGAAACUCCCACUCAGGAAAAGAAGGAGAAAGAACAGACACAAGAAACUAAACGUGAUGAAAAACCGCCAAUUGGAGUCACCAUGAAACUCCCAGCUGAAGUACUGUUUUCUGAGGAGCCACUCAUUGCCAGAUGGGACUACACAAAGAAGCACUGGAAACAGGAUGGCUUCUCAGACAUGAAAUAUGAUGAAGACAAAAGAGAAUUCUUUUUUAAGACGGCCUACUUUGGAACAUUUGCAUUGAUGCAGGAUUCUCACUUGAAUAUGCCAUUCCAGUCCUGGGAACUCCGUCCCCACAGCACCAACGCUGCCGUCCUCACCAUUAUUGCGGCCAUUGUAGAGAUAGAAAUAGAAAUCAAGGAUUCUGUCUGCUGUCUGAGUAAACCAGAGGACAGGCCGGAGCUGGAUAAGAUCAGGAAUGUUUGGGUCACACCUAAGGAACUUGUCAAGAUGUUGAAGCUAGCAGGAAUAAAUGUGUUCCCAGCUGUAGAUUCGUCUAAAUAUGUUAGCAUUCAGAACAAGCACCCAGUUGUGGCAGAGAUGGCCUAUGAACAGAUGGCUCUGACAGCAUCAUCCUUUGCUUACUCCUGGUCCAAAUGGAAUGGUGAGAUCCAGGAAAGGGAUAAAAUCUACUUCCAGGUAUCCGAGUGCCUUCAGGAUGAACCUCUUCUCGAGGAAGACUGGGGCGUGUUCCUUAUGACCAAAAGAAGAUCAAUGAAACUAAACUUAAGUGACUUUGAUGAGACCUACAAUGAAGAGAUGGCAGAUGGAACAGUGUUUAAAUCCAACUUGUACCACAUGGUAGGAGAUCUAGCCACUCCAGCAGCCAAAGAAAGAAUUACCAACACCAGUUUCCAGUUUGUGGAUUGUGUGACCCAGAUUCUCAAGUCUACCAAACUGUUAACCUUUGCUUAAGUCUGCACAGUUAUUUUGAGAUUCAGGAUUUCUAUAUAAUUACACAUUUUAAAGAGUAUUGAUGAUCCAACUGGUUCUUAAG